CAGAGAUCAGAGGAGUUCAGGGAGCCAAGGAAACAGACACUGCAAGGGUUGGGGGGGGGGGGGCUAAAGCCAGAUGAAGAGGCAAGUGCCCAGAAGAGUUCUCAGGGAGGGGUCAGUUUGAACAGGGCCUCUACCACACCCGACCUGAGUGUGGCCAAAUAAACAUAGCCUAGUGAGGGACGGUCCUACCUUGACGCUCCCUGCUGCUGCUUUCAGAAGCUGGCUCCAGUUGUCCACUGACAGGCUCACUUCCUCUCUGCUAAGCUCCAGGUUGAACUGGGAGCCACAACUUUCUGCAUUCAUUCCCCCAGCCAUGGGGCCUAGAAUAGGUGAGGGACCCCAAAUGCCAGACAAGAGCACCAAGACCACAAUGGGCACAGAAGACAGACAUGAAAGGAAAGUCAGCGUGGAGCCUCAGGACUCACAUCAGGAGCCACAGCCCCGAGGGAUGUUCUACAACAUCAAGUUCUUUGUCCUGUGCCACAGUCUACUGCAACUGACACAGCUCAUGAUCUCUGGCUAUCUCAAGAGCUCCAUCUCCACAGUGGAAAAGCGCUUUGGGCUGUCCAGCCAGACCUCAGGGCUGCUAGCUGCUUUCAAUGAGGUAGGGAACGUAUCUUUGAUCUUAUUUGUGAGCUACUUCGGCAGCCGAGUGCACAGACCCCGGAUGAUCGGCUAUGGCGCUCUCCUGGUGGCCCUGGCAGGCCUGCUCAUGGCGCUCCCUCACUUCAUCUCAGAACCAUACCGCUAUGACCACAGCAGCCCUGACGAUAGGUCACAGGACUUGGAGGCAUCCCUGUGCCUGUCCACGACUAUGGCUCCAGCCUCUGCCCUGUCCAACGGCAGCUGUUCCAGUCACAAAGAAGCAAAGCAUCUGACUAUGGUGGGGCUCAUGUUCGCAGCACAGACCCUGCUUGGCAUCGGUGUUGUGCCCAUACAGCCCUUUGGGAUCUCCUACAUUGAUGACUUUGCCCACCAUAGCAACUCACCCCUCUACCUUGGAAUCCUGUUUGCAGUAACCACGAUGGGGCCUGGCAUGGCCUAUGGGCUGGGUAGCCUCAUGCUACGCCUUUAUGUGGACAUUGACCGGAUGCCAGAAGGAGGCAUCAACUUGACUACAAAAGACCCCAGAUGGGUGGGCGCCUGGUGGAUGGGCUUCCUCAUCUCUGCAGGACUGGUGGUCCUGGCUGCCAGCCCCUACUUCUUCUUCCCCAGAGAGAUGCCCAAGGAGAAACAUGAGCUUCACUUCAGGCGGAAGGUCUUGGCAAGUGUGGCCUCGAUUGGCAGCAAGGAUGAGGAUCUCUCCUCCCAGCACGAGCCUUUAAAGAAACAGGCUGGGUUGGCCCAGAUUGCCCCAGACUUGACUGUGGUCCAGUUUAUCAAAGUCUUCCCUAGGGUGCUGCUGCGGAUGCUGCGCCACCCCAUCUUCUUGCUGGUAGUCCUGUCCCAGGUGUGCACCUCAUCCAUGGUGGCAGGCACGGCUACCUUCCUGCCUAAGUUCCUGGAACGCCAGUUUUCCAUCACAGCCUCCUUUGCCAACAUGCUCCUCGGCUGCCUCACUAUCCCCCUGGUCAUCGUGGGCAUCGUGGUGGGAGGUGUCUUAGUGAAGCGUCUCCACCUGAGCCCCAUGCAGUGCAGUUCCCUCUGCCUCCUCGGCUCGCUGUUGUGUCUACUGCUCAGCUUGCCACUCUUCUUCAUUGGCUGCUCUACCCAUCACAUUGCAGGCAUCACGCAGGACCCGGGUGCCCAGCCAGGGCCAAGCCUGUUUCCUGGCUGCUCAGAGUCCUGCUCCUGCCAAUCAGAUGACUUUAACCCUGUUUGUGAUACCGGUGCCUAUGUGGAGUACACCACACCCUGCCAUGCAGGCUGCACGGGUCGUGUGGUCCAGGAGGUCCUGGGCAAAAGCCAGGUCUUCUACACCAACUGCAGCUGUGUGGCAGGGAAUGGCACCGUUCCUUCAGGUUCCUGUGAGUCAGCCUGCAGCCGCCUGGUGCUGCCCUUCAUUCUCCUGAUCAGCCUGGGGGCAGCAGUGGCCAGCAUCACCCACACACCUUCCUUCAUGCUCAUUCUCAGAGGUGUGAAGAAAGAAGAUAAGACCCUGGCAGUGGGAAUGCAGUUCAUGCUCCUGAGAGUGUUGGCCUGGAUGCCCAGCCCUGUAAUCCAUGGCAGUGCCAUUGAUACCACCUGUGUGCACUGGGCCCUGUCCUGUGGGUGGCGAGCCGUCUGUCGCUACUACGACCAUGACCUGCUCCGAAAACGAUUCAUAGGCCUCCAGUUCUUCUUCAAAAGUGGAUCCCUGGUGUUCUUUGCCUUGGUUUUGGCAAUCUUGAGGCAGCAGAGCAGAGAGACCAGCACCAAGGCCACUGUAAAGAGCUCAGAACUACAACAGCUAUAAACAUCAGGACCAGAGAAGAAACAUAAGGUUUGCAGGAGGUUGACAGUCCCGGCCCCACCCUGACCAGGAGUGGCAUCCUCUGAGCGUUUGCCAAUGAUGGGCAAACGGCAUCCACAGUUGUCAGAAGCAACCUAGUCCAGUGCCCGAGGGUCCUCUACUAAACUGUGAAGUGACUUUGAACAAGCUUCAGGCUUUGCUUGCUCUUUGGAACCUGGGAGUCACUGUGUUGGCCAUUUCUCAAGCAAGAGGGCCAUCCCCAUUCUUCCCCCAGACAGAUGGCCAACCUGGAACCUAGCUUUAGUGGUAGGGAGGAGCUGUACAGCAUCUCUCUCUCCUGAUUCUAGAACAGGGAGUUAGGCCAGCUAGACCAUGCUGCACUCUACAUAGUGCCUCAGCCCAGCUCUGCCACUUGUGGAGACCCUCUCCAUGCUUAAGUAGGAGGGGACUCCAGCUGUGCACAGCUGUCCAGUCAAGCUGUACAGGCCUCCUCCCCAAGCCCCGGCGGCCUUCAUGUAGUGUCUAUUUGGUGCCCCCUGGAGGCAGAGUUCAGAGAUGAGAUUAAGGAGAUCUCCAAAUGCAGGAAGGAGCAGGACAUAAUAUUUGAUUGACAUUUGUGGGCGGGAACCUUAGCUGGAGUGGGAGAGGAGCUCUUUGAUUUAGAAUGUCACAGCUUUUGUCAUCAGGGAGCCACAGUUGGGAAAAGGAGGUUUAUCCUUUCCUUCAGAGACCUUGUAACUUCAGAGACCACUUUAUAUUCAGACAACACCCUAAAUGGGUAGUGUCAGGACCCCACCUGUGUGGCCACGAAGGGAGGUGAGGAGCUAUCAGCAGCCUCUCUACCUGUGUGCCAGCUCUUAGCUAAGGGACAAGGGUACUUGUUCCCAGUGCAGGAGAAGGGACUAUAGAAGUCUCGUUUCUGUCAGGCAUGGUGGCACGCAUCUGUGACCUAGCAUUUAGACGCUAGAUCAGAAGUUCAAUGCAAUGUGAGUCUCAGCUCCAUAGUGAGUUUGAGUCUAACCUGGACUACAUGAGAUUGUCUCAACAAAGAACAGAGAGAAGGGAAGAGGAGAAGAGGACAAGGAGAAGAGCCUGGUGGCCGAAUUUCCUACAAUUGAGCAUUUACCCAGUGCCUGAGCCUACACUAAUCAGUACUGAGACUUUUGAAGUCACUUUCACCAAAACAAGUCUGUUAGUGGCUUUCCACUCUGUCCAUUCUCCUGCUUCCCAGGCUGUUCAGGAAUCUCCUGGCUGUAUACAUACAGCUUAUUAUUAAAUUUGUCUCUGCAUAAUGCCUCUUCCACGACAAAAAAAUUUAUCCUUCUAAACUGCAUUAGAGGUUUGCGUCAGCCACAUCGCUUCCAGUUAUUUAGACUUCAGCCUCACCGGGUUAAUUUACUCUGGCAUCUUGCAUUGUUUUCUGCCUUUAUAUUCUGGUUUAAUUUUUCCUUUGACUGGCUUAUUUCCUCUAGUAAUGAUUUCAAAAAUGAAAUACAGUCAUGUGGCUGUCCGAGUCUUCACCUGUCUCAGUUGUCACUCACAUUUUACAGAAGAGAAAGUGCCUUGGAAAGGUUAAGUGAGUUACUUGAGACUAUUAUAAUACUAUAUACAACUAUAUAUGUAUACACACAAGCACACACCCACACACUCAAUGGUGGAGCCAGAGCUGGAUUCAGAUUUGUGGAAAACUAACACAUCUCACGAGUUCUCUUUAGGAAAAACAAGUACAGAAUAUUGAGUGCAGGUUAAAUAUGUAAACCACAUUUCAUCAAAAUGCCUGAGACCAGAGUAUUUUGGAUUUGAGAUCUUUUCAUAUUUUGAGGUAUUUGUAUCAUAAUCAUGAUUUCUCUUGGGGAUGAGACUCUAAUCUAAACACAAAUUUAUCUGGGUUUUAUACAUACCUUAUCCACAUAGCCUGGAAUUCAUCACACGCAGUGUGUUUAGUACUCCUAUGUGUGCUGAGAACCUGACACCUGAAAUCAGGUCUAAAAUAUCCCAUGCAUGUUACAUUAGCACUCAGAAAAUUUGCGUGUUAGCGCUGUUCAGGUAGUGGGUUUCGUAUUAGGCAUGGUCAGCCUUUACAAAAUUAAAUAAGAAAGUAAACACCUAGAAUGAGAAAAAUCCACUCUGUCUAGAAAAAAUGGCAUUUAAUUUUUUUAAAAAUUAAAUAAUUGCCCUGCCUGCCUGUAAUCCAUAUACACACACCUACCUUUAUGAUUGGAAUUUUCCUAACUGGCUCCUGGCUCUGUACACAUUCACAUUUCUCCAUUUCCUCCUCCACUCCUUUUGUUUCCAGGGCCACACACCACAAACAGAAGCCACUGCCUUGGCAUUUGGCUCUUUGACGUCAUAAUGCCCAAUGAGGCAGGCCAUGGCUGGGAGGUUCCCCAGGAGCCAUUCUUUACAUAGAGAUGCCUACAGUGACUUCCCUCCGCUUAGCAGUAUGUGACGGGGAAUCCCAAUUCCUCCUUGACCAGGCUCUAGAAGCCAGAAACCACUUGCUGAGCCACAAAGAAAGCUGCAGAGGGAAGUUGUAGCUCGAGGGUCUUCCCUCUGUAGGCUUCCCACUCAGAACAGGUAACAUUUCUGGAGUGCCUUAUUUGGGCCUGAGGAGAACCCCAGAUGCCUGCCAAGCAUUCACCUCAGUGAGAGCUGGACGCUGAGGGAACUGAAGGAGGAGACAAAGCCUUCAUUCCGCUCUGAGACCUGGCCCUUUGAAAGCUAAGAGCUGGAAACCAACCCUUUGUCUGUCUGUGAGUGAACACUCCUCGCUGGUCAGAUGAAGAGGCUUAGGCACCCCUGCAAGAGAGAUGUACAGCCACGCACCAAGAAUAGAGCAAAGAGGGUAAGAAAGGUUUCUCUAGACUGUUAGAGAAAAUGCAAAUACACAAACACACAUGCAUGCAUACACAUGGUACAGAUAUGUACAUGCUCACAAAAUCAUGCAUACAUAUUUAUACAUGUAGGCACACACUUCCUAACACAUGCAUAUAGCCAAAUGCACAUACAUACAAAUAUGUAUGCAUGCACAGACACAAAAACUCAUACAAGCGCCUUUGUAUCCACUUACAUGCACACAUAAUAAUUCACAUGCACAUUUACAUAUUCACAUAUGUCAGACAGAUUAUCACACAUAUGUACACACUCACAAAAUACAAACAUGAACAUACACAGAAGCUACACAUUCUCACACACAUGUAUAUAUGCCCACACAUGCAUUCACAUACUCCAUAUACUCACAUGUACACUUCCAAACACAUAAUCUUGUAUAUACAUACAAACACAUUUACACACUCACACCCAUGCACACACCAGCUCACACUUAGAGUAAAAAUGCAUACACAUUCAUGCACACAUGCAGGCACUGUGUGUAACAGGCACACACAAAAAUGUGUACUCGCACAUUCAUAUGACCAUAUACACACACAUGCAGGUACACAGGCAUGCAGGCAAAUCCACACACAUGUAUUCACAUGCACACCUGAAAACACAUGCAUAGGAAAUCAAAUAAACACAUAAACACACACUAGUCUCCCGUCAAUGAAGAGCCAUGAGCAUCUGUGUUGGCCAGCCACUGUCUCACCCUGCACCAGGCUCUACUCUGCAUCACCGCUGGUGAAGAGCAGCAGCAGAUGGGACAGGUACCAGAAAUAGCAUCUCAGCAUCUUGGCCUUCCCUUCCUUUUGCUGGAGAAGCUGGAAAGCUUCUGGGCCAGCAGAUGCCCCUUGGGACCUGGCUCCAGGAGCCACGGUCAGCACGCUACAUGCUCACAUUCAUUACCUGCACAUGCCAAGCGAGCAUUUCCCCUGAUACACCCAGCUGCCUUCCUUGUCCUGUCUCUCCACCCCUCUUCAUUAAGUCCCAUCUUCUGUCAAGGCCCAGCUCAAAAGCCACUGCCUCCAGGAAGCAGCAUGACAUGACCAAGGGCCUCUCCUCCAGGAAGCAAGUUGGGGAAGUUGCUUCAUUAAAGACAUAGACACCAUUUAAAUGAAGUUAUAAACCAAGCUAGAUGUGGGGUGCAUGCCUGUAAUGCUAUCACUUAGGAGACAGAAGCAGGAAGAUGGUGAGUUUGAGGGCAGCCCGGGCUACAUAGUGAAACCUUGUCUCAAAAUCCAAAAUAAAUAAAUUAAAUUGAACUCCACUCAUUUCCUCAUAUACACACACACAAAGAUACACAGUUUUGUGUGUGUGUGAUUUCACAGGUGGGGAGCCCUGUAAAGCACAGUACAAUCUUCCUAAGAGGCCAGUAUCUCAGGUCUUUAAAGCCCUUUAUGUUGGAGCUGCAGAGACAUCAGACUUAAGUUCAGAGUUAAGACUUAAGUUUAGAAUACACAGAGUCUGCCACGUAUAUUCACAGUGUGUCCCUGAACAUCUGAGCACAUCCCUCUGCUCCCAGCUCCUUACCUAUAAGGCAGGUAGAUUCGCCCUGUCUCCUCUUCCACAAUUGUGGAGACCGGUAAGGUUGCACCCUGGGCUCGCUCACAGGCUCAGCACCUGAUGAUCUGUAGUUUCCUUCCCUUCUCCUGUCUGAAAGGAUUUAAUAAGCACCUGGAGGGGCCGAGGGGACAGAUAGGGCUCACCCCUGUGCACUGCCCUGGCUGUAGCUCCCUUGCUUUCUAAUCUCUUCCCCGGCUGUCAGUGAGGGUUCAGCUGGCCCAGUCUUAUCUCUCCCCACAGCCAGCUUGGGACAGCUUUUCACCUCCAGAUUUACAUUUUUAUUGAUUUUCCUCUCCCUUCAGACCUGCCCUAACCUCUGCCUCCUGUUUGGCUAUAAAAUGGGUCUACUGUGGGAAAUAACAGUUCUGGGGCCCAGCAGAACUCUGUGAUAACUCUAGCAUGCUUCAGCCCCAUUCGCUUACUCAGAUCACCCACCCACCCAACCAAUUUAUCCAGCAGGCAUCUGGGGACUGAGCCACUGGUCCAGGAGAGCGCCCGAGGGCACCAUGGGUUCCGGGUAAUCAGAAGGUUUGGAUGCCUUCCUGGAGGGCAAGGAGGAGCCCUUGAAACAUUGAUUGAUGGAUUAUUCCAUUGAGUGAUUAUUUUAAGCAGAGAAAAAAAAUGUAUAUUUUAGAAAGGGCCAGGGGCUGCACUGUGGGACUUUAGAGUGGGGGAGAGAGAGACGCUGAAGUCCAGAGCUCAGGCAAGAGGCUAGAUAGGUAACCCCGAGAAGGCCUCGAGCCACGUCAGAAGCAGCAAUGUAGAAGUGGGACAGCCAGGCUGAGUUUUGAAAGAUGAGCAGGGACCGGGUAGAGCCGGGAAGGGUGCUGGGCGGAAGAGGCUGCAGAGAUAAGGGGAAGGUCGGGAGAAAGCACCUGACAGGCUGAGGAAAUUUCCACUCGUUCUGAACGCUCAGCAUGACCUAAAAGGGCACUGUGAGGGGCAGAGGCUGAAAAAGUGGGUCAGGGCCCUUGGCCUCUCGUACUGGCUGUCCCCUGGGCCUGGACACGAAGGGAGCUGGGCUGGGCUCUGAGCCUCAAGUUGGGGUUCUCCUUCAAAGCAAACCUUCCCUGCCCACAACACUGCACUUUUUGUAGAAAGGAAUGUAGGUAUAGGUUGUUCUUUUCAUGGACUAGUUAAAGGAACUGAGGCCCAGGAAGGGCAUUGAUUCGUCAAACCGAGCACCAUCGCAUAUGCCUGUUUAUCCCUGCUCUGCUCGUAGAAGGUAAAGACCGGAGGAUCCAAAGUUCAAGAUCAUUUUCUGUUAUGGAGACUUCAUGGCCAGCCUGAGCCUAGAUGAGACCCUGUCUCCAAAUAUGCAAGCAAGCAAACAAACAAAACCCAAGAGAGAGAGAAAGAGGAGAUCAGCAGUUAAAAAGUUAAGAAUGCUUGCUACUCUCUUCCACAGCUACUGGUCUGCAGCUGUCCUUAUGGUAGCAAUUGUAGCAUUCCUCUAUGGGAAAGAAAAUAUUACACAACUUAAUGCCUCUUUCUUAGCCACAUAGAAAGAGGAAUACGCAUGAAGACACAAGAUGAAAAGAAAAAAGGAAAAAAGGAAGAAAAAAAAGAAUGCUUGCUAUUCUUCCAGGGGAUCCAAGUUCUGUGCCCAACACAUAAGCUGGGUGGCUCACAACUGCCUUUAAGUCCAGCUCCAGGAAAUCUGACACCCUCUUGUGGCCUCCUUGGACACUUACACAAAUACUUACAUAUAAAUAAAAAUAAAACCAAAAGGUUUUAAAGAAAGGAAGUGGAGGGUUUGUCCCAGGUCAUUCAAGAGCUCAGGAAGCCAUUUUUAAAUCCCCAUGUAUGUUUCUGAAUCACUACACACACAGUAAGUGGGGUGUCACACAGUAAGGGGUGUCACACACACAGUAAGUGGGGUGGAAAAGGCAGAGGAGAGAAAACCACACCAGAGUUGGGGUUUUUGUUAGUUUUGGUUUUGUUGUUUUGUUUUUAUGUCUCCAUUUCUUCUUCCACUUUCAUACUGGAUUUGAGAAAACAUAGCCAGGUGACCUCUGUGCUUUGGAGAGUACCUCCCAGCUCUGUUGCUAGAAUAAUAAAGCCACCACACAAAACUGUGUCUUGUUUUCCCCACUUUGUGAAUAAUAAACUCCAAUCCUCAAAACAAUUGAGGAGGGAAUACUAAA